GGUACUGGGAGUUGAGGCGGACAUAAAGAGCAGAGGAAGAGGAGAGGCGACCGGGAAGAGGAGGAUUUCUUUUCAGGACGCGUCUGGAACACCACAGGACUCAAACCUAUGCGUGGAUUCCGACUCUUUUCCCCUUCGCCAAUGCAAAAGGAAUUAUGUUGCGAAGCUUCGCCAUCCUCUUCACCAGUUUUCUGGGGAUGAGCUUGGGUCAAGGCUCAAGUUUUCCAAGCAACAUCAACAUAGGAGGCUUGUUCCCGACCGAAUCCCACGAAUAUGAGGUUUUUCGGUUCGCCCUGUCCCAUCACCAGGAAAUCCCCAAACUGGUGCCGCAGGUGGAUAUGGUCAAGAUGGGGAACAGCUUCUCAAUGACAUACGCGUUCUGCUCCCAGUUCUCUAAAGGAGUCUACGCCAUCAUCGGUUUGUACGACAGGAAGACGGUGAACAUGCUGAUGUCGUUCUGCGGGGCGCUUCACGUGUGCUUCGUCACGCCGUCGUUCCCCAUCGAAACGGCCAAUCAGUUUGUGAUCCAGCUGCGCCCGGAGCUGCAGGACGCCUUGGUCGGGGUCAUCGAUCACUAUCGCUGGACCAAGUUCGUCUACAUGUACAGCUCCGACUCAGGACUCUCGGUGCUGCAGAAGGUCCUGGACACGGCGGCGGAGAAGAACUGGCUGGUGACGUCGGUGAACGUGGAAACCAUGACCGAAGCCUCGUUCCUCAAAGUGUUUCAGGAUCUGGACAAGAGGAAGGAGGGUCAGAUCAUCAUCGACUGCGAGACCGACCGCCUCACGGGGAUCCUCAAGAAGAUCGUGGAUCAAGGAAAGAAUGCGAAGAGCUACCACUACAUCCUGGCUAACCUGGGUUUUCUCGACAUUGACCUGACGGACCUGAGGAAAGGCGGCGCAAACAUCACAGGCUUCCAGCUCGUCAACAACUCCGAGCCCGAGGUCAGCCGCGUGGUCCAGCAGUGGAUGGAGUUUGACAUCAAGGACUCGAAGAUGCCCAAAACCGCGCUCAAAUACACGGGCGCGCUCACGUACGACGGGGUCAAGGUCAUGGCCACGGCGUUUCAGAACCUGAGGAAGCAGAGGAUAGACAUCUCCCGACGAGGCAACGCCGGAGAGUGUCUCGCCAAUCCGCCGGCUCCGUGGGGCCAAGGCAUCGACAUCCAGAGGGCCCUGCAGCAGGUUCGCAUAGAUGGACUGACUGGACACAUUCAGUUCAAUGAGAAAGGACGAAGAACUAACUACACCGUGAGCAUCAUGGAGCUGGCGCCGUCUGGACCCAAAAAGGUCGGAUACUGGAACGAGGACGAGAAGUACGUCACCACCGCCAGCUCCAUCCGAGGCAUCAACGACACUUACGGCCUCCAGAACCGGACCUACAUCGUCACUACGAUCCUGGAGUCUCCAUAUGUGAUGCUGAAGAAGAACCACGAGCAGCUGGUUGGGAAUGACAAAUAUGAAGGCUACAUCGUGGAGCUGGCAGCAGAGAUCGCCAAACACGUGGGAUACCAGUACAAGCUCAAGAUCGUGUCGGACGGCAAAUACGGCGCCCGCGAUCCGGACUCAAAAAUGUGGAAUGGCAUGGUGGGAGAGCUGGUGUACGGGAAAGCGGACGUGGCCGUGGCUCCUCUGACCAUCACUCUCGUCCGUGAGGAGGUCAUCGACUUCUCCAAACCCUUCAUGUCUCUGGGCAUUUCCAUCAUGAUCAAGAAACCGACCAAGUCCAAACCGGGCGUGUUCUCCUUCCUGGACCCGUUGGCGUACGAGAUCUGGAUGUGUAUCGUGUUUGCCUACAUCGGCGUCAGCGUGGUCCUGUUCCUGGUCAGCCGCUUCAGUCCGUACGAGUGGCAUUCGGAGGACUACGAGGAGGGAGGCGAGCCGCAGACGCCCACCCAGCCGUCGGCGUCCAACGGGGUCCAGCAGACGCCGACGGCCCCGCAGCCCAACGCCGUCCAGCAGAGCCCCGAGCAGACCAACGAGUUUGGGAUCUUUAACUCGCUGUGGUUCUCACUGGGAGCGUUCAUGCAGCAGGGGUGCGACAUUUCGCCAAGGUCUCUGUCGGGGCGCAUCGUGGGGGGCGUGUGGUGGUUCUUCACCCUUAUAAUCAUAUCGUCCUAUACGGCCAAUCUGGCGGCGUUCCUGACGGUGGAGAGGAUGGUGUCGCCGAUAGAGAGCGCGGAGGACCUGGCCAAGCAAACGGAGAUCGCCUACGGGACCCUGGACGCUGGAUCCACCAAAGAGUUUUUCAGGAGGUCAAAGAUCGCCGUGUUUGAGAAGAUGUGGUCGUACAUGAAAGCCGCCGACCCGUCAGUGUUUGUGAAGACGACGGACGAGGGCGUCAUGAGAGUCCGCAAGUCCAAAGGGAAGUACGCCUACCUCCUGGAGUCCACCAUGAACGAGUACAUCGAGCAGAGGAAGCCCUGCGACACCAUGAAGGUCGGAGGGAACCUGGACUCCAAAGGCUACGGCAUCGCUACGCCAAAGGGCUCCCCCCUCAGAAUCCCAGUAAACCUAGCCGUCUUGAAACUCAAUGAACAGGCCGUCUUAGACAAACUGAAAAACAAAUGGUGGUACGAUAAAGGGGAGUGUGGAGACACGGACUCGGGACGCAAGGACAAGACGAGCGCUCUGAGCCUCAGUAACGUGGCGGGCGUGUUCUACAUCCUGAUUGGCGGAUUGGGCUUGGCCAUGCUGGUGGCUCUGGUGGAGUUCUGCUACAAGUCUCGGACCGAGUCUCGUCGAAUGAAGCAAUCCAUAAACGACGCCAUGCGCUGCUCCACACUGACCAGGAUGAGCGGGAAUGGGAACGGGGGCGAGAACGGCCGGAUCCUCACCCACGACUUCCCCAAAACCGUCCAGACCCUCCCCUGUAUGAGCCACACUGCCAGCAUGGGACUGGGGGCGUCCGGGAUCUGACCUGGACGUGUUGGGCUGGUGGCGAAGGAUUACACAGGGUUGGAAUCUACGAGGAGACUUUGAACAACCUCAAAAAUCAAACACGGACGCCCCGAUUCUGCCCCGUUCUCGCCCUCGACUUGUACAAGACUCUACUGCCAAAACGCGUUCUUAAACCCGCUCCUUAUGAUGAACUAUACAACGAAAAACUUGCACCAUUUUUCUAAGUGUUUGGAAAAGGGAAUCUUAAAAAAAAAAAAAAAGCAAGGUUGAGAGUGUCGCAAUAACGAAUUCGAGGUUUUUGAAUUUUUUUACGGUGUUCAUGAGUGUGACAAAAACUCGUUCUUUUGGUGUGGCGCCGGCGACGGGGCCAUUUCAAUGGAUCUGUUGAUGUUAGUCGUGUGUGUGCAAUACGUCCACCUCCACUGCUGACUCUUGACUACCUAGACGCUGUCCAAAAUGGCGGAUGGAUCUUUGCACAUGUGCUAAGGCAGAGGAGGAGGACUUACACUUCUGACUGAGUAUCGUUUCUGGACUCUCUCAAACCACCCCACCAUCGCACAAGGAUGUUUUGUGUAGCAUAACGUUUAACUCCAUUGGUUUGCAUCAUAGACUGUAUAUGUAAAUGGACAUAGCUAACC